UCCAAAGUAGUCACCUCCUUGCCCGUAGCACAAGAAACUCCCCACUCUGUACUUACAUAUCUACCGCUUCUCAAAGCAAUUCCCUCCAUUGUUACAAAUCUUCUACCUUUCAGCUUUCGAUCUCUGCCGAGAUUCUUCUUUUCCAAUUCCUCUCUAAAGAUCAUGAAGCUCGAUACCAGUGGUCUUGAAUCAGCGGCACCGCUCUUUGGAGCUACUGGCGAGCUGUUUAAUGGGUUUUCUACUGCGCCUUCAUUUGAACUUCCUGUUACUACUGAUUUUGAUGGAUUCCAGAAGGAAGCUAUCCAAAUGGUGAAGCCUGCCAAGGGGACAACAACACUUGCUUUCAUUUUUAAAGAGGGUGUCAUGGUCGCUGCUGAUUCUCGAGCUAGCAUGGGAGGCUAUAUUUCAUCGCAGUCAGUGAAAAAAAUCAUUGAAAUCAACCCUUACAUGCUUGGUACAAUGGCUGGGGGAGCUGCUGAUUGCCAGUUUUGGCAUAGAAACCUUGGCAUUAAGUGCCGGCUACAUGAAUUGGCAAACAAGCGUAGAAUUUCAGUUACAGGGGCAUCAAAGCUUUUGGCAAACAUACUGUACUCCUACCGUGGAAUGGGUUUGUCUGUUGGAACCAUGAUUGCUGGAUGGGAUGAAACGGGUCCUGGAUUAUAUUACGUGGAUAGUGAAGGAGGAAGGCUGAAAGGAACAAGAUUCUCUGUUGGCUCUGGUUCCCCAUAUGCUUAUGGUGUACUUGAUAGUGGGUAUCGGUAUGAUUUGUCAAUUGAGGAAGCUGCGGAGUUGGCUAGAAGAGCUAUUUAUCAUGCUACAUUCAGAGAUGGAGCCAGUGGUGGAGUUGCUAGCGUUUAUUAUGUUGGACCAAAUGGAUGGAAGAAGCUAUCUGGUGAUGAUGUUGGAGAACUCCACUACAAAUACUAUCCUGUUAUGCCCAGUACAGUGGAACAGGAGAUGGUUGAGGUGGCAUGAGCAUAAGCAUGAGAAAAACCUUGCUCAAGCUGGACCAGGUUGGACACUCCCCCUUCUUCACAGUAUCUGAUGGAGAUGGUCUACAAUGCAAUCUUAUGUACUAGAAACUGCUAACUAUUGGUGUUGAGUUGAUUCCUGGAACAGUUCAUGGAUUGAUGUGGCUUUUUGUCAAUGCCAUGAAAACACAUUAUUGCUAUUAUCAUUCCAUUAUGUAAUUCUGUGCUUUUAGCUUUUCUUUAAACAAAAUAGAAAAAGGGGAUUUCUACAGUUGUUUUCCUGCAGGUGUUUCAAAAUGUUACUCGGAACUCUAUUAUUGA